AUGUCGUUAGAAACUGAAUUUGAUCGUUUACAUGUUUCCAAGCAUCAGGAUAAUACCCGUAUCCUUGAGAAGUACGAAAAUAGGAUUGAAAAUGGUGGAUUUACAAGUGGUAAAGGUAACAAGACCUAUAAAGAUAAAUCUGAUAGAGCCACUGUGGAAAAUGUCCUUGAUCCAAGGACUAUGAAAUUUUUAAGUGCCUUAACAAAUAGAGGUGUAAUUUCUGAAUUUAACGGUUGUAUUAGUAGUGGUAAAGAGGCAAAUGUUUACCAUGCAUUUGGUCCAGAGGGUCAAGAACUGGCAAUAAAGAUCUAUAAGACUUCGAUUUUAGUGUUCAAGGAUAGAGAAAGGUAUGUGGAUGGUGAAUUUAGAUUUAGAAAUUCUAGAUCACAACAUAAUCCAAGAAAGAUGAUUAAAAUUUGGGCAGAGAAAGAGUUUAGAAAUUUGAGAAGAAUUCAUUCUAGUGGUGUUGUACCGACUGCGUGUCCUGUUGAAGUUAAAUCUAAUGUGCUGGUAAUGCAAUUUUUGAAUAGAGGCGAUGGUGCUCCUUCACCAAGGUUAAAGGAUUACCAAUACAAGGAUGAACUAGAAGUUGCACAUUACUACUACAAGGCCAUAGCAUACAUGAGACUUUUAUACCAAGUGUGUCGAUUAGUUCACGCAGAUCUUUCAGAAUACAAUAUAGUGGUACAUCAAAACGCACUUCACAUCAUUGACGUCUCUCAAAGUGUGGAACCUUACCAUCCAAUGAGUUUAGAUUUUUUAAGAAUGGACAUUAAAAACAUUAAUGCAUAUUUUGGAAAAAUGGGCGUUUCUUUAUUCCAAGAAAGAAUGAUAUUCCAAUUCAUUAUUGCGGAGACUUUAGAAGGAUUCCAAGGUGAUUAUAAAACCGCUGACGAUUUGGUAGAAUAUUUGGUUGAGCACUUGCCACUAAAGACACCAACGGAGGGUGCCGAUGAGGAUGAAAUCUUCAGAAGUUUGCAUCUAGUGAGAAGUUUAGGUGGAUUGGAAGAAAGAGAUUUCGAUAGAUUUACUGAUGGGAAAUUCGAUUUGUUAAAGAGUCUUAUUGCUAACGACAAUGAAAGGAAUCUGCAAAGGCCACAACAACAGGAAAUAGAAAGUAGUGAAGAUGAAAGCGAAGAUAAGGACGAAGAUGAAGAUGAAGAUGAAGAUGACGAUGGGAGUGAAGGUGAUAGUGAAAGCGAGAGUGAAAGUGAUAGUGAAGAUGAGAGAUUUACAAUACCUAAGGGUAAGAAAUUCGAGGAUAAAGAUGAAAAGAAACAACGUAAGCAUGAAGCUAAGGAGUUAAAGAAGGAAAAGAGAAAAACAAAGGUCAAGAAACAUAUAAAGAAAAAACUGAUCAAAAAGACCAAAUCAAAAAAAUAG